GCCCCUCUUCCGCCUCGCGGCCCAGCGGCCCCUCCGCUCGCUCCGCGCAGCCCACGCGCCUGCCCCCCGGGACAAUCCUCGCCUUGUCUGGGACUCCGACAUCUAGAGUUUUCUGUAGCCUCCGGCUACGCCUUUUUUCCAGGGCGGAGCCCCAGCCCAGCUCCUCCUCGCGGUGGGCCGCACAGAAGCCCGGUCGCCUUCCAGAGCCCCCGGCUCGGUAGUUGGGAUCCUGGCGCGUAGUCGGCGCCCGGUGCGAGCCUGUGUGCGGUCUUGGCCAGCUCCCCUCGAUGGCCUCCUGGGGCCCGGGACUUCAGCUUCUGCUGCUACUGCUGCCGCUGCCGCCGCUGCCUCCUUUGGCCUCGGCCUCCGACCGUCCCCGGGGCGGUAACCCUGUCAACCCAGAGAAGUUGCUGGUGAUCACCGUGGCCACAGCCGAGACAGAGGGAUACUGGCGUUUCCUGCGAUCCGCGGAGUUCUUUAACUACACAGUGCGGACCCUGGGCCUAGGAGAGGAGUGGCGAGGGGGUGAUGUGGCCCGAACAGUUGGUGGAGGACAGAAGGUCAGGUGGCUGAAGAAGGAAAUGGAGAAAUAUGCAGACCAGAAGGAUAUGGUCAUCAUGUUUGUGGACAGCUAUGAUGUGAUUUUGGCUGGCAGCCCCUCAGAACUGCUGAAGAAGUUCGUCCAGAGUGGCAGCCGCCUGCUGUUCUCUGCGGAGAGCUUCUGCUGGCCUGAGUGGGGGCUGGCAGAACAGUACCCUGAGGUGGGCACGGGGAAGCGCUUCCUCAACUCUGGUGGAUUCAUUGGCUUUGCUCCCACCAUCCACCAAAUUGUCCGCCAGUGGAAGUACAAGGAUGAUGAUGAUGAUCAGCUGUUCUACACUCGACUCUACCUGGACCCAGGACUGAGGGAGAAACUCAGCCUUAAUCUGGAUCAUAAAUCCCGGAUCUUUCAGAACCUCAAUGGGGCUUUAGAUGAGGUGGUUUUAAAGUUUGAUCAGAAUCGUGUGCGUAUACGGAAUGUGGCCUAUGACACGCUUCCUGUUGUGGUGCAUGGGAACGGUCCCACUAAGCUCCAGCUGAAUUACCUGGGAAACUAUGUCCCCAAUGGCUGGACUCCUGGAGGAGGCUGUGGGUUCUGUGACCGGGACCGGAGGACACUCCCGGGGGGGCAGCCACCCCCCCGGGUGCUUCUGGCUGUGUUUGUGGAACAACCAACCCCGUUCCUGCCCCGCUUCCUGCAGCGGCUGAUGCUCUUGGACUAUCCCCCCGACAGGAUCACCCUCUUCCUGCAUAACAACGAGGUAUACCAUGAGCCCCACAUUGCAGACUCCUGGCCCCAGCUCCAGGACCACUUCUCAGCUGUGAAGCUUGUGGGGCCAGAGGAGGCCCUGACCCCAGGCGAGGCCAGGGACAUGGCCAUGGACAGGUGUCGGCAGGACCCUGAGUGUGAAUUCUACUUCAGUCUGGACGCUGAUGCCGUCAUCACAAACCAGCAGGCCCUGCGCAUCCUCAUUGAAGAGAACAGGAAGGUCAUAGCACCCAUGCUGUCCCGCCACGGGAAGCUGUGGUCCAACUUCUGGGGAGCACUGAGCCCUGACGAAUACUAUGCACGCUCCGAGGACUACGUGGAGUUGGUGCAGCGGAAGCGAGUGGGCGUGUGGAAUGUGCCCUACAUUUCUCAGGCAUAUGUGAUCCGGGGGGAGACCCUAAGGGCAGAGCUGCCCCAGAGAGAGGUGUUCUCCGGCAGCGACACUGACCCAGACAUGGCCUUCUGUAAGAGCCUGCGGGAGAAGGGUAUCUUCCUCCAUCUCAGCAAUCAAUAUGAAUUUGGCCGCCUCCUGGCUACUUCCCGGUAUGACACAGACCACCUGCACCCUGACCUCUGGCAGAUCUUUGACAACCCCUUGGACUGGAAGGAGCAGUAUAUUCACGAGAACUACAGCCGGGCCCUGGAAGGGGAGGGACUCGUAGAACAGCCAUGCCCAGAUGUGUACUGGUUCCCUCUGCUGUCAGACCAAAUGUGUGAUGAGCUGGUGGAGGAAAUGGAGCACUAUGGUCAGUGGUCAGGAGGCCGGCAUGAGGACUCAAGACUGGCUGGGGGCUACGAGAACGUGCCCACCGUGGACAUCCACAUGAAGCAGGUGGGCUAUGAGGACCAGUGGUUGCAGCUGCUGAGGACAUACGUGGGGCCCAUGACCGAGAGCCUGUUCCCAGGCUACCAUACCAAGACCCGGGCAGUGAUGAACUUUGUAGUCCGCUACCGCCCAGAUGAACAGCCCUCUCUGCGGCCACAUCACGAUUCAUCCACCUUCACUCUCAAUGUUGCUCUUAACCAUAAGGACCUAGAUUAUGAGGGAGGUGGCUGCCGCUUCUUGCGCUAUGACUGUGUGAUCUCAGCCCCACGGAAGGGCUGGGGGCUCCUACACCCUGGCCGUCUCACCCACUACCAUGAAGGGCUGCCUACCACGAGGGGCACUCGCUACAUCAUGGUGUCCUUUGUCGACCCCUGACACUCAACCACUCCGCCAAACCUCUCCUGCCAUCGUGCCUUCUUGUGCCCCAAUCCUUGGAGGAAGGGGUCUGUCUAGCUCCUCGCUUACUGAGUGUAUGUUUGGUGUGUCUGGGACUGGAUGUCUCACCUCCGCCCCACCCAACACAGAGCCCUCUCAAGAAGCUCCUGGAGCCCCCUCGUUCCUCCCCUCAGCCCCCAAGGUUCAUGGGGAGAGAGCUUCUGGGGGUUCCCCAUGUGAUAAAUUAUUUUUUCUUAGCCUCACUCCCAAUAAAGGAGAAUUUGUAAUUCU